AUGUACCCCAAACAUGACCCCGCCCCACGGUACAGCUACUACGAGGAUCAGAUGCAGAGCCCCACGGUAAGGUCUCUGGAGCCCAAGAAGCAAAUGACAGAGAUGGAAAAGCUGCAUCAUCUGCAUGACUGGAAGAAGGACAAGGAGGGGCUCACCCCACCACCGGAGUUCGGCUGGCCGGAGGAGUGGGGCCCGGAGCCGGGGGAGGAGGGGCACAGUGAAUGGUACAAGAAGAACCGCAUGUACAUGUCAUAUGAGGAGAAGUCACGCUAUGACCUGCGUGUUGGGGUGCCGGUGGAGAAGAACUCGAUGCGGCACCAGGAAAUGCCGUAUCAGAAGCGCAUGAAGGCAGCCUACGUGAAUUUGGAGGAGAAAAACCCACAGUACUUUGACCCACGCCAGCGCAAGUACUGGGCCGAGUACUCGUACGAGGAUCAGCGCGACACGAUGGCCAAGGCGCGCGAUGACUACAUCAAGGAAUGGCUUGACGAGCCAGGGGUAACCAAGGAGAACGUGGCCAAGAAGAUCGGCGACUACAACGGGACGGCAAAACACCAAAACGUAAAGUCGGUGCAGCGGCGGCCCGAGUGGGAGUUGGCGCCGCGGCCCGAGUACGAUGACGAUUGA